AAGCCUCCCCGGCAGCAGUGGCUUAGCUCCUACUAUUAACUCUCAGCACUCUGACUUUCACUACUCCCUGCAGCCUGUAAAUGGAACUGUAAACCCAGUAGCUUCCCCUUGGCUCUGCCUCCAUAACGCUUUGGAGCUGGCAUGGUCACUGACUGCUGCCGAACUGCUUCCAAUAGUUCCACCUGGCGCUGCGUGGGUUAAACAUCUGGCCAAAUUGGGAAGGGAACAACUCACACAUGUGACUGACACUUGCUCCGCUCAUCAAGAUGUUGCGAUCUGGGAGGGGGCAUGUUGGCACCCGGUCUUGCCUCUGUUAGGGGAUCCCUAUCUGGGGUGAACCGAGUGUAGAGUACAGUUUGCAUCUGGUCAGUCCGGUGGGCACCUUCCUGCCCUAUCUCCCUUUGCCAGGGGGCAGAGAAAUGAUGGAGGUGAAUAGCACUUGCUUGGAUUGCAGGACAGCUGGCACCAUAGGCACAGAGCAGGAUGCGCAGGACGGGGCAUCUCAGGGACUCACCUCUGCCCUGGCGGUGGUUCUUAUAUUCACCAUCAUUGUGGAUGUCCUGGGCAAUAUGCUGGUCAUUUUGUCUGUCCUGAGGAACAAGAAGCUGCAGAAUGCUGGAAAUCUCUUCGUCGUUAGUCUGUCUGUUGCCGAUCUGGUCGUGGCUGUGUAUCCCUAUCCAGUCAUUCUCAUAGCUAUUUUUCAGAAUGGGUGGACGCUUGGAAAUAUCCAUUGUCAGAUCAGUGGCUUUCUAAUGGGACUCAGCGUUAUUGGAUCAGUCUUCAACAUAACAGCCAUAGCCAUCAACAGGUAUUGCUACAUCUGCCACAGCCUGAGAUACGACAAGCUUUUUAAUCAAAAAAGCACGUGGUGCUAUCUUGGCCUGACAUGGAUACUGACCAUCAUUGCUAUUGUGCCAAACUUCUUUGUUGGAUCACUACAGUAUGACCCCAGGAUUUUCUCUUGCACAUUUGCUCAGACAGUGAGUUCCUCAUACACCAUAACAGUAGUGGUGGUGCAUUUCAUAGUCCCUCUUAGUGUUGUAACAUUUUGCUACUUAAGAAUAUGGGUUUUAGUUAUCCAAGUCAAACACAGAGUUAGACAUGACUUCAAACAGAAGUUGACACCAACAGACUUGAGAAAUUUCUUGACCAUGUUUGUGGUCUUUGUGCUUUUUGCAGUUUGCUGGGCUCCAUUAAACUUUAUUGGCCUUGCUGUGGCCAUUAACCCAUUGCAUGUGGCACCAAAGAUUCCAGAAUGGUUGUUUGUGGUAAGUUAUUUCAUGGCCUAUUUUAACAGUUGUCUCAAUGCUGUCAUCUACGGUCUGCUAAAUCAAAACUUCCGCAAGGAGUACAAAAGAAUACUGAUGUCCUUAUUGACUCCAAGACUGUUGUUUCUUGAUACAUCUAGAGGAGGAACUGAAGGAAUGAAAAGCAAGCCUUCUCCAGCUGUAACCAACAACAAUCAAGCGGAUAUGCCAGCUAAUGCAAGGUCACUGCGACUGUCCAGGAGAAAUGGUGCAAAAAUGGUGAUCAUGACCAGACCAAGAAAAGCACAAAUUGCAAUCAUCCAUCACAUGUAUGUCAAAGUACAACUUCUCAAAAUUGCCCCAUUAAUCUACCAGUACCUGUAUUGUUUAUUGAUUUACACUAGAAUUUAUCAAGCUCAUUUUUCAUUCAAACGUAUCCAAGUUUUAUUUUGUAACCCCUGAUGAAAUACACUUUUCUGUGCAAUUUUCUAAAUUAGGACAUUUGCAUUUUAAUAGCAAUGUCCUUGAGCUUAGCCCUAAUACAUAUAUAACUGCACUUUGAUGGGUUAUAGGAUAAGAAAGGAUAAUAUUAAUGACUCCUACUUUUUUAGAAAAAAAAAAGUUGCUGGGAAGACAGUGUGACGCAUUCAACAUAAUGCAUUACAUUCCCUGUAAGCCAUGAAGUGCACUGAACAAAAACCUUUAGUCUUCCAUAAUCUCCCCCUUUUGUUUAGCUCAGCACAGAAUCAAAGAAUGUAACAGGUACUUUGAGUUGCUACAAAAUACAUUUUUAAACAGGGCACGUCUCAGGAAAAGUGUCGGCAAUAUAUACAUUUAAGUGUGUGAGUGUGUUUGUGUGAUGCAUGUACAAUACCUGGUGUUUUGCAAAACAAGUCUAUGGUGCCAAAUUGAUAUGUUUGAAUCCAUCAUGAAUUGAGACAACACAUUGCUAUAAUACUAUGUUUGUUGACAAAAUAGAAAAAGCAUUGUCUUUAUAUGAAAUGCACAAUAAAAUACUUUUUUUUUCA